GCAUCACGUCGCUGCGAUUUUUCUGUAAAAAAUGAACGUUGCAAAGUGCGGCUGCAAAGAAAACCGUCCACCAUUAUAUGGACGACCUGCAUGUGGUUGUGCUAGUGCAUCGUCAAAAGCACCUGAUAAUAACUUCAAAGUUCCAGCGGCUCCCGUACGACCCUUACACUCUACAAGGACGAACCUGAAUGGAGAACCAUCAGUUAAACCUGACAUACAAAAACAAAGGGAUGACAAAAGGUCGUGGACUCUUUCUGACUUCGACUUAGGCCGUCCACUUGGCAAAGGAAAGUUUGGUAAUGUUUACUUAGCUCGCGAGAAGGUUUCUCACUAUGUAGUAGCCCUGAAAGUGCUAUUCAAAAGCCAGAUUCUUGAUUCGGAGAUCGAGCAUCAAGUGCGUCGUGAGGUGGAGAUACAGUGCCGUCUAAGACACCCGAACAUUUUACGUAUGUAUGGGUAUUUUCAUGACGAAAAACGUAUUUAUUUAAUUCUCGAAUACGCGAAGCACGGUGCUCUGUAUAAACUGUUGAAAGAGCGUGGGCGUUUUGACGAAAAAACCGCCGCAAUUUACGUCAGAGACCUGACCAAGGCUCUGUUGUACUGUCAUAUGAAGAAAGUUAUACAUCGCGACUUAAAACCGGAAAACUUGCUCAUUGGACAUAAUUGGGAAUUAAAAAUGGCUGACUUUGGCUGGUCCGUACACUCGCCAUCAUCAAGAAGAAUGACCCUUUGUGGUACAUUGGAUUAUCUGUCUCCAGAAAUGAUUGAAGGGAAGCCACACAGCUAUGCCGUUGACAUCUGGAGUCUUGGAGUUUUAUGCUACGAACUGCUUGUUGGGCUACCUCCUUUUGACUCAAAAGAAACUCAGCAGACUUACAAGAAAAUUAGAUAUGUAAUCAUAAAGUAUCCAGAGUUUGUGUCCGAGAAUGCAAAAGACUUGAUUGGCAGGUUGUUAGUCAUUAAUCCAGAACAAAGACUGCCUUUAUCUAAUGUACUCCAACAUCCUUGGGUUAUAGAAAAUGCACCAGAAGGUGCUAAACCUCCAGAUUUUGGGGCACAAACAGUUGCUCCAAAGAAUUAGAUGUUAUAUAAAAUUAUAGGCUGUAAAAGUUUUAGGUUCCCUUAUUCAUAUUGACUAAGAAGGCAAUUUAACUUCUUACAAUUGAAUUACAAUUAAACAUUGUUAAAUAAUAUUUGCACAUCUCUGUGGAGUUACAAUUACUUUAAAAAUACACCUUUUGGAAUGGUAAUGAGGUACAAUUUUCUUUCACUCAUUGAGAUAAUAUAAAAACACAAGUACUGUGACUUUACUGAAAUGGGCCAAACUUUAGAAAUACGCAUUUUAAACAACGCGAUUUGUAGUAAAUGGAAUUAUGUUUUAAUCAUUUUUGUCAA